AUGGGGAAGCUAGAAGUUGGAUUAACCAAGAAUCCUAAGUUGUUUUGGUCUCUAGUUAAAAGUAAAAGAGGUGGUUCUAGUCGAUAUCCAGCUAGUAUGUCUGAUGGGAAUAUAACUACGUCUGAUACGAAGAUCAUAUGCGAUAUGUUUGCAAGUAAUUUUUCCUCUGUUUAUGAACAGAAUCAUAACACAAAAACAAACGUUGUCCGUUCAGAUUUCCUUUUAUCCUUAAAAUUAAAUUCAAUGUCCCUUGAAGCGCCAUUAUUGGAUAAAGAAAGUAUUCUAGCUAAAUUAGUAACUUUGGAUGAUAAUAAAGGAGCAGGUCCAGACGAUGUGCCUCCUUCUUUCAUUAAAACAUUAGCGGGUGAAUUAGUUCAUCCGUUACUAACAAUCUUUAAUACCUCUCUUUCUACAGGUGUUUUUCCUUCAGUAUGGAAAACAGCAAAAGUAGUUCCAGUUUACAAGAAUGGAAACGGUGUGGACGCUGGUCGAAGUCUUGGUGGUGUUUCUUGCCCCAUAUCGGCCCUUGUUCGAACAGUUAGUGGCGCCUCCGGGUGCUUCGAACUGUCGUCCUAG